GCCGCCGCAGCUGGCUCCGCAUUGUCCCGGCGGCCGCAGGAUGCCGAGCCCCGCACCGCCGCCCGCCGCCCCCCGGGCCCGCGGAUUCGGUGCCUGCGCCGGGCUCCGAUAGGGAUGAAGCCGGAAUGAGGCGCUCUGUUGAAGAUGCACUGGACACCAGAGCAUGCCCAGCCCCUGAACCAGUGGCCAGAGCAGCACCUCGAUGUCUCCUCCACCACCUCCUCACCAGCCCACAAAUCUGACCUCUACCACAGCAGCCGGCAGCGCUUCCACUACGCCUGGGCCAACGACGACAUCUCCGCGCUGACGGCCUCCAACCUCCUCAAGAGGUAUGCGGAGAAGUACUCGGGGGUGCUGGACUCGCCCUAUGAGAGGCCGGUGCUGAACAGCUAUGGGGAUGGAGCCUUUGGGCCGCUCAAUGGGCAGAAAGGUGACGUGGAGCCGUGGCCGAUGUCGCACAGCUCGGACGGUGCCUACCCCCUGAAUGCCAUGCACGAUGGACUGCCUGGCUCCAAGGGGGUCGUUCCUUCCGCCCCCGGAAACGGGCCUGUAGGGCUUGGCAGCUCCCCUGUUGUCCCGGGCAACCUCGCAGACCCCAUUUAUUCCACUAACUCAUGUGGGGGAGCCACCGGCUCCAGCGGCCUUGGCUCGGCUCAGGAGUAUACCUCAGGCUACAGUGGCACCUACCUGCCAUCAGGCUACUGCAGCCAGCCCACUCCAGCACUCCCCCCUCCCCACCCAUCAGCCCUGCACAGCUCAGGACUCCUGCAGCCCACGCACCCUUCCUCUGCGCUGGUCCCCAGCUACAGCUCCUCAGGUCCCAUGUACAACUACACUUCAGGCGGCUACCCGCCUCAGCCCGGCUACGGGGGGAUCCACCCUUCGCACCCGCCAGCCUCUUACCUGCCCUCGGGCAUUGCUGCACCCACCCCCAUCCCCCCGCCGCCCCCCUCCUCCCGGCCCCCAGGCAUCCCUGGUUACAGCUACCAGAGCUCCAGCCUGCCCCCCCUCCCGGUGCCCCCGCUCAGCAGCGACUCGGGGGGCUCCCUGAAACGAAAGGCCUUUGAUAUCCCCGGGGGCGAGGACGAAGCUGAGGGCAGGUACAGGAAAUACAGCUAUGAGCAACCAAAGUCCACCCCUGAGUCGCCGUACCAGAUGUCCGACAACGGCGAAUGUGGUGGCAACAGCUUCAGCCGAAGCACCGAGACCUCCCAGCUGCCCUUCAAGGCUGGGAAAAGGCCGACGGGAGCAGCGGCGACUGUGGCCUUGGAGGAGCAUGUAGGGAAGUACAACAGCCAGCCGAUGAAAGGCCUGGUCUCCCCUCCGUACGGUGCCGGGGAAGCCCCUCUGAGGCCCGGGGAGAGCUUUGAGAAGUUCACCCCGCCCCUCGCCAAUGGCGAGCGUGCAGGCGGUGAGCAGGGCCAUGCCUUUGCCCAUGGGAUGCAGGCCAAGCCACAGGUGUUCAGCAGCCAGCCUGUGGAAGAGCAGCUGAAAAACGUAGACCCCCUGAUCCUAGAGCUGGUGAACAGCAAAAUCGUCGACUGCAGCCCUCCCGUCCAGUGGACGGACAUUGCCGGCCAGGUCUCGGUCAAAGCCGCCAUCGAGGAAGAGCUGGUGUGGCCUAUCCUGAGGCCUGGGGCAUACACUGGGGAGAGCCGGCCGCCCAGGACCAUCCUGCUGUUUGGGCCUCGUGGAGCAGGGAAAACUCUGCUGAGCAGGUGCAUCUCCACCCAGCUGGGCUCAACCUUCCUGAAUCUCAGUGGGACAGCCCUGCUUUCCAAGUGGAAGGGUGAGGCUGAGAAGAUCCUGCAGACGGUCUUCUUCGUGGCUAGCUGCCGUCAGCCGUCAGUGGUGCUCAUCUCCGAGGUGGAGUCCCUCCUCGUGGCCUGCGCUGGUGAAGAAGCCACCCAGGUGAGCGGCCUCAAGUCUCAGCUGCUUUCCUACUUGGACAACAUAGCUACCUCAGCCGAGCAGAACGUCGUCGUCAUCGGGACGACCACUCGGCCCAGCAAUGUGGAUGAAGCCUCCCAGAGGAGGUUCACCAAGCGGUUCUACAUUUCCCCGCCUGACAGCAUCGCCCGGCGGCAGAUCCUCCACCACACCUUGGCCCAGCAGAACUACUGCCUCAGUGAGCGGGAGAUGGCCUCCCUUGUGCAGCACACCGAGAGCUACUCAGGCAGCGAGCUCAUCCAGCUGUGCCAGCAGGCCGGCCCCACCAAACUCCACAACCUGCCAGGCCAGCUGCAGCCCACAUCCUACAAAGACUUCGAGAACGCCUUCUGCAAAAUCCGCCCCACCGUCUCCCAGAAGGAGCUGGACUUGUAUGAGGAGUGGGACAAAAUGUACGGGUCCAGGCACUGACGGCGCGUGGGAGGGGUGGGCUGGGAGAGCCAAGCCCUCAGACUCCAGUGGCGUUGUGGUGUUGGUGGCGGUGUUGGUUGUAUGCCAGCUUGACCUCUGAGUGGAAGAUUCAGGGGAAUUAUUUUGUAUUUGUUCAGAUCUGUUGCUCUGUAGUCUCUGGUCUAGCUCCAGCUGCUAAGGAUGGAAUAACAGAUCGCCCACGAAUUCAGUCAGUGUCUUUUGUCUUUCUCCUAUGUCCAAGCUGAUCUGAAGGUGAAAUACUUGAUCCAAGAAAAGACCCGAACACACACAAAUUCCUUUACAGGCUUUUCUAUGACGGACUUGACUGAUUUUGUUUGGUUUUGUUUUUGUUUUUGGAAGUAGUCGCUCACUGAACUCAGGAUAAUCUAUUUAUUAUUCGUCUACUUUCCCGUUCAUCUGUUUUGAGACCAGCAACGUAAAGGAUGCAGCCAGGUGGAGAUACGUUCGGUUUUAGCCUUCUCACGCGUGAUACGACAGCUCUCUAGUCGAUUUACAGAGACCUGAUUUUUGUUGUUGUUGUUGUUCCUAAUAGAAAUUUUUCAGCCAUCAUUUAACAAAACAGUCCCUGUUGGAUGUGGCAUUAUGGGCAAUUUUUCUGUUCUGAACUGUGCCAUACUAAGGACUCGUUCCGCAGAAAACCCAACAUCUUUUCAAGCCAUCAUGAGGAAUUUAUUAUUAGGAAUAAAUGGCACAGGGAAAUGGGAGGAGGGAGGGAAGGUUUUGGAGUAAAAAAAAAUGUAGAUUGUUUAAUAUACUAGACCUCAUUUUUAUUUUUGUAAUGUAUGUAGUAUUUUUUUGUUUUUUCUUUUUAACU